UAUGUUGGCAUCAAAAAGCUUUCCUUCCUCACUGCGACCGGUUUGUUUGGUGUUGGUGGUCUGCUUCUGUUUGUUUAACAUUCAUCUCAUUUCAUCUCUAACUUUAUGACAUCAUGAAUUCGUCCCUUACGUAUGAAAUAUUACUGUACCUGAAUUCCUACUACUUUUGGAUGUUUGCCUUGUGUGAACUAGGUGUGGGCAUAUUUAAACUAGUCCAUUUACCAUACCCAUUUGCAACUUUUAUCACAGAAGGAAUAAUGUUCGCCUUUUUGUGCUGCAUAGAAGCAGCCCGUAUAUUUAUGGGCCACAAGGGGAACUUGACAGAACGUUCUUACCCAGUCAUGGUUUCGCUUAUUCUCACGAUACCAUCAUCCAUAGGUGUUCUGUACUUUCUCCUCUGGCAAACUUAUGUCAUUCGAUUAGAAGUUGUACUUUGUGGUAUUCAGCUGUCUCUGCUCUCAUUUGAAAUAAUUUUUGCUACAGUGUGUAUUGUAAGUUUCUAUCGUAACAGAAUCUAUUAAAGACUGAACCUGUAAUGCUUUUUAAUCUAGAAGAUGCUUCUGAUUGAGAUGAAAAAAGUUA